AUGAUAUCACUCGCUCUGAGUGUGAUACUUUUUUCCGCACCUCUCGCAUGGGCUCAAGAUGCGUUCUCUAAGCCCGAUACUAAUACGAGAGAUUUCGACGCGACUUUGUCCGUAGACCAGGGCACAACAGCGGAGGUUGAUUGGAUAUUGACAACCGAAAAUGCAAACACCGAAUACUACACAACCGAUCCGGACAACAGCGCAGACCUCUUUAACGACAAGGGUGAGAUUUCUGUCUGGUUGACAAGUUUCAAAGAUCAGGACAACGACAAUGGAUACUGGAAGUGUCUCGCUCCACACCUCAACACCGCCAGCGGCGGCACUUUACAGUGGAACGUCUAUCUGUCAAACGAUGACAUAGAUAAUCACAACGGCCAGUUCGUGUACCGUCUCAAGCCACCCGUCGCAGAUGUCAAUGUCAGAUUCAACAAUUCUCUCAUCGAGGCUCCCUCAAGGGGCUUCUAUAUCCUGAAGCAGGUCGCUGCCGCCUCAUCAUCCGCAGGCAUACCUGGAGCAACUCAAAGCCCAACUGCACAGUCGUCAAGCGCAACAUCUCCAACACCUAGUGCACACACUGGCUCCACAUUACAAGGCUCGCAAUCCAGUAGUAUCAGUACUGGUGCUAUUGCUGGCGCAGCCGUAGGCUGUGUCGCAGCUGUCGGUGCUCUUGCCGCCGGUGUGUUCUUCUACCUCCGAAGACGUUGCUCCGCUAAGAAGAGAGCUGCCCUAGCUAACAAUAUGUCUGGUGGGUAUAUGAACGGGGAGCAUGGUGCGCCGCCGGUGUACACGGGUGGUGUAGCUGGUAUGAGUGAGCAUGGAGGCUAUGCAACUGCGAGUGCGGACCAAGCGUAUUACCCAAUGAAGAAUCAGGGUACAUACGAAUACACCGGCCCAGCUGAAAUGAGCGGUGUUGAGCGGGGGCCGGUGGAGUUGGGUCACGAUGGUCAGCAGAGGAAAGCUGCUGCGGCGGAACUGGCGUAA